AUGAGAAAUGGCACAGCAAUCACAGAGCUCAUCCUCCUAGGCUUCCCUGGUAUCCAAGGACUACAAAGCCCUAUCUUUACAGUGGUCGUUUUCAUCCACAUAUAAACCCUUGCGGGCAAUGAGCUCAUUAUUGUCUGGGCUGAGCCCAAACUACAAAUUCCAAUGUACUUCUUCCUUUGCAACUUGCCCUUCCUAGAGAUCUGGUAUACCACCACGGUCACCCCGAAACUGCGAGAAACGUUUGUGGUGGCAAGAACAGCUCUCUGGCCCCGCUGCUGCCUGCUGCAGUCCUUCCACUGCUUCCUGGGCACCACCGAGCUCUUCAUCCUCACCGCCAUGUCCUGUGACCGUUACAUCUGCAAGCCCCUUCACUACCCCACCAUCAUGACCAGCAACCUCUGCCUGCAACUGGCCCUCGGCUCCUGGGCGGUGGGCUUCACCAUUGUUUUCUGUCAGAUGCUGCUGCUCAUCCAGUUGCCAUUCUGUGGCAACAAUGUCAUCGAUCAUUUCUACUGUGAGGUUGGUCAUCUGAAAGCAGCCUGUGGAGACAGCAUUUUGGAGCUUCUGUGUCCCUUGGCAACCGUCCUGGUAAUCCCAGUCACUGUGAUUUCUUAUGCCUCUGUUCGGUCUACCAUCCUACAGACUCCUUCCGCCUCUGGCCGCCAGGGGGCUUUCUCUGUGCCUCACCUGACAGUUGUCGCUCUGUUUUAUGGCGCUGUUUUGUUUAUGUAUCUGAGACCCACCGCACACUCCUCCUUUAAAAUCAGUGAGGUGGUGUCAGUGCUAAAUACUAUCCUCACACCCCUUCUGAACCCUUUUAUUUACACAAUUAGAAACAAGGAGGUAAAAGAAGCCCUGAGGCAAAGACUCAUCGUGCAGAGUAAACAUGCAAAACAGCAAAAUAAAGCUAAUGCAGACCCCAAAUUAAAUGUGAACGAGGACUGUGAAGAACAUAAAGAGGUGAAAGCAAACUAUGAUGGUUAG